UUUAAAAGGGUCCAUUUGCACGUAGCAAUAGAAAAUUUUGUUAUAAACGACGUCGCAGGUUGCUCUUGCUGCAUCACUCUGGUCGAACAAUUUAGAACUUGUCCCCCUGCUCACGUUCACUGAAAACUCGAAAAUGGUGAUGGAUUGUAGGAACUGGAACGAAGACUCUUAUAGAGAGUCCGUUCUUCAAGAGAGAGAAACCCAGUGCAGAACCGUAUUCCGAACAGCUUUUGGCCCUAACUCAAGCUGCAAAUCCACUCCCGACCACCUAUUCGCCGCCACGAGCGACGGCUCCAUUGCCUCAUACUCCAUCUCUUCCCUCCUCUGUUUGAAUCGUGAGAAUUUCGAAUCUGGGAGGUUAUUAGCACCACUUGCAGAGCCUAAUUGGAGGGUUCAAGGGCAUGAUGGACCUGCCUAUGACAUCACUUUUUACAGCAACAAUGAGGAUUCCAUAUUGUUAAGUUGUGGUGAUGAUGGUCGAAUUCGGGGAUGGAAAUGGAACGAAAUGUCUGAAUCAAACAAAUCUACUCAAGGAGUCAAUUCAAAGCCAGUAAUUGACUUGAUCAAUCCUCAACAUAAGGGUCCAUGGGGCUCACUUUCACCAAUCCCAGAGAACAAUGCUAUCGCUGUUAAUCCCCAGAAUGGAUCAGUAUUUGCCGCUGCUGGUGAUUCAUGUGCAUAUUGCUGGGAUUUGGUAUGUGUAUCUGUUCAAGGUGACAUGUUAAACUGUCAAGGCUUGGGUUGAUUACAUCAUCCUACCUGGAGGAGAGAAGUGUAAUUAAAAUGGUAUUUAAGGGGCACUCUGACUAUCUGCAUUGCAUUACUGCGCGCAAUUCUCAUGACCAGGUAUUAACUGGUUCAGAAGAUGGAACAGUGCGAAUAUGGGAUUGCAAAAGUGGAAAGUGUGUGCAAAUAAUUGAACAGGAGAAAGAUAAGGCGAAUAAAGAAACUUUUCCAUACAUUAGUUGUAUUGCUCUUGAUGCAAGUGAGAGCUGGCUGGCAUUUGGAAGUGGGCCAUCUUUGUCGCUUUGGAACCUUCCUGCUUGUCAUUGCAUAUCAAAGAUAGGAACACAUUUUGCUACUCAAGAUGUUAUAUUUGAUGACCAUCAAAUUUUGACAGUAGGAUCGGAACCUAUACUCAGCCGGUUCAGUAUGAGUGGGGAGAUUAUUUCACAGAUUCAAUGCGCUCCUGAAUCUACAUUCUCAAUCUCGUUACAUCCUUCUGGGGUCACAGCUGUGGCUGGCUAUGGUGCAUUAGUAGAUGUUAUUUCACACUUUGGAAGUCAUCUGUGUACAUUCCGGUGCAAAGGUUAAUGAGUUUCUGAUUAGUAUGCCAUUUUUUUUGUCUGCGGCUCAAAAUGUCCAGGGAUUGUUUGUUAGCACCAGACCUGUGUAAUAUCAAUUGUGUCUAAUUUUGGUCCAAUUGAAAUUGGUUUGAUUCCAAAAAUCGUGAUAUAAUUAAUUAAUUUAAUUAAGUUGGUUGUAAUCCGAUUCUGGACAUUGUUCCUAGCAUUAAAACAAUCGAAAUUACCCUAAAUAAGACUUCAACAUAGGUGUUCUACUUCACUAUGGCAGUAUUAUUACGAAAAUUAAUAUCAUUUUGCAGAGGGGUAGUAUCAUUUUAGAAUGACACUACUUGGCCGGGUGUUGUCUGAGUCUAGGAUGACAAUACCAUUUCAAGUCGGCAGCAUUUUGUUUACUUACUGCAACAUUUUGCCAUCAGAAUCUAGGAUGGUAGUAUACUAGUGUGCCUUGAUCUAGUAUGGCAUUAUACGCCCGUAGCCCGGCGGCGGACACCUGAGUAUGCUGGCAGUUGAGUUUUGUUUUUUCGGUUUUUUAUAAAGAUCAAAUUGUAUUAGUAAGAGUAUUUUGCCCAUCAAUACAUUUUUAC